UCUCUCUCUGUCUCGCUGACUCGCUCUGUGUGGACAGUCUGCGGAGCCGGAACAUUACCGGGACGUUUGCGCGUUUGUUCGGACUGUAGUGAACCGGAAACAGCAGCGGGGCUCGAGUCUCUGGCGUGACGGUGAAACGGACUCCGGUGUGUGUGUGUGUGUGUGUGUGUGUGUGUGUCUGACUUCUUUUGGUUUGUUGCUGUGGAAACGUCCGCGCUCCUUUCUUCUUGUUCUUGUUGUUCUUCUUCUGGUGUGAGCAUGAAGCUGCAGGAAGCGGCGGACUGAAGCAGGUGCUGUUUUUUUGUUCCCUGCAGCUUGUCUGACAGGCUCUUAGACCACUCAUCGUCAUGCUCUCCUGGUCGCCACAUCCAUUACUGCUUCUCCUCUUCUUCCUCGUCCAGUUGGUUGAGUCCUCUGUCUCUGCUAACAACACCACGGUGGAUCCUCAGGAGGUGACUCUAGCAGCCAUAUUGCCUCUGACUAACACAGACUAUGCAUGGGCGUGGCCUCGUGUGGCACCAGCGCUCCACCAGGCAGUGCGGCGCGUGAACUCAGACCCGUGGCUGCUUCCAGGCCUGAAGCUAAAGCUAGUCCACGGCAGCUCAGAGAACCGUGACGGCUUCUGCUCAGACUCCAUGGCACCACUGGUUGCGGUUGACCUUAAGCUAACCCACGAUCCCUGGGCUUUCAUUGGCCCUGGCUGCGACUACUCCUCCUCACCUGUCGCACGCUUCACCACACACUGGGAUGUACCCAUGGUGACCGCUGGCGCCCGCGCCAUUGGCUUUGAGCGCUAUGCGGCAGUCACCAACACAGGCCCCACCCACAAGAAGCUGGGCGAGUUCGGAUUGAGGAUCCAGGAGACAUUCGGCUGGAGGCAGCACGCCAUGCUCAUUUUCAGUGACAACAAGGAUGCCAAUGACGACCGGCCGUGUUACUUUGCCAUUGAGGGGCUCUACACGAUGCUUGGUAUGCACAACAUCACCAUCCGCGACCACGUCAUUGAAGGCGACAACAUCAACUACAAGCUGAUGGUCCAGGAGGUCCGCGACAAUGGCAGAGUUGUUUAUCUGUGCUGUCCCUGGGACAUCUUCAGGACUCUGAUGGUCCAGUUCUGGAUGGAGGGGGUACAGCUGGAGGACUAUGUCUUCUUUUUCAUUGAUGUUUUUGCUGAGGGUUUGGGGAAUAGGGGCCCCGUCAGGCCAUGGUUCAGGGGAGACCAGGACGACGAAGCUGCCCGUCAUGCCUUCAGGAGUGUGAAGGUGCUGACCUACCUGGAGCCUCAGAAUCCAGAGUAUCUUCAGUUUGUUGAAACUCUGAAGAUGGAUGCGAAGAAAAUGUUCAACUUCACCCUCUCAGACUCUCUGUUUAACCUGAUAGCUGGAGGUUUCCACGACGGAGUGAUGAUCUACUCUCAGGCUCUGAACGAGACCCUGAGCGAGCAGAGAGCAGUGCCAGGAGCAGGCCUGGGACGGGUCCAGAGGCCCAAAGGAGAUGUGGUCACCAGGAGGAUGUGGAACAGGACCUUCCCAGGAGUGAUGGGUUCACUGGAGAUGGACGAGUUUGGGGACAGACAGAUGGACUUUGCUGUGUGGGACAUGACAGACAUUGAGUCUGGACAGUUUCAGGUGGUGUGUGUGUAUAACAGCAGCGUGAAACAGCUGGUCAUGCAGAGUGGGCGGAGCUUCCAGUGGCCUGGUGGCUCUCCACCUGUGGACGUCCCAGAGUGUGGCUUCAAGAACGACAAACCAGCCUGCCUCGCACGUACUGUUACGAUGCAUCAGAUGGUUGCCAUAGUGAUCUGCUUCCUCUUUGUCAUCAUCGUUACAGUGACUGUCUUCAGCUACAGGAAGUUGAAGCUGGAGAGUGAGCUGGCGGCUCAGCUGUGGAGGGUUUCAUGGGACGACGUCCAGAUAUGCAAUCUGGAUAAAGUCCUGAGGAGAGCCUGCAGCAGACUCACCAUGUCUCUGAAAGGAUCCAACUGUGGCUCUCUGAUGACCAUGGAGGGAAACAUCCAGAUCUACACAAAAACGGGAUACUACAAGGGAAACCUGGCAGCCAUCAAGUAUAUCAACAAGAGGCGCAUCGAACUGACCAGGAAUGUUCUGUUUGAACUAAAACAUAUGCGAGACGUUCAGAAUGAGCACCUGACUCGCUUCAUCGGCAGCUGCAUCGACCCGCCAAACAUGUGCAUCAUCACGGAGUACUGCCCCAGAGGCAGUCUGCAGGACCUGAUGGAGAGCGACAGCAUCACUCUGGACUGGAUGUUCAGAUAUUCUCUUAUCAAUGACAUUGUCAAGGGUAUGUUGUUUCUUCACAACAGUGUCAUUGUCUCCCACGGCAACCUCAAGUCAUCCAACUGUGUGGUGGACAGUCGCUUCGUCGUGAAGCUCACAGACUACGGCCUGCAGAGUCUGAGGACCAGCAGCUGCCCCGAGGACACACACGCUUACUACGCCCGAAAGCUGUGGACGGCCCCUGAGCUGCUGAGGACAGAGUGUCCUCCCCCCCGUGGGACUCAGAAAGGAGACGUCUACAGCUUUGGCAUCAUCCUCCAAGAGGUGGCUCUGCUCAGAGGAGUCUUCUUCCUGGACACACACACUCCGAUUCCCAAAGAGAUCAUACAGGCAGUAGUUCAGGGUGGCGUCCCCGCACUCCGUCCCUCCCUCUGCUUCCACAGUCACAGUGAAGACCUCGGAGUCCUGAUGCAGCGCUGCUGGAGCGAAGAGCCGAGCGAGAGACCUGACUUCAACACCAUCAGGAUCCUGCUGAGGAAACAACACAGGGGUUAUGGUUCCAACAUCCUGGACAACCUCCUGUCUCGUAUGGAGCAGUAUGCCAACAACCUGGAGGAGCUGGUGGAGGAGAGGACGCAGGCGUAUCACGAGGAGAAACGCAAGGCUGAGUCCCUGCUCUACCAGAUUCUACCACACUCAGUGGCGGAGCAGCUGAAACGAGGUGAGACAGUUCAGGCUGAAGCUUUCGACUCCGUCACCAUCUACUUCAGUGACAUUGUGGGCUUCACCGCCCUGUCAGCUGAGAGUACACCACUACAGGUUGUGACCUUGCUGAACGACCUCUACACCUGUUUCGAUGCCAUCAUCGACAACUUUGAUGUUUACAAGGUGGAAACCAUUGGUGAUGCCUACAUGGUGGUGUCAGGCCUGCCGGUCAGGAACGGCAAGCUGCAUGCUCGGGAGGUGGCCCACAUGUCUCUGGCUCUGCUGGACGCCGUCACGAGCUUCAAGAUCCGCCACCGAGCCAACCAGCAGCUCCGGCUCCGCAUCGGCAUACACAGUGGUCCGGUGUGUGCAGGUGUGGUGGGGCUGAAGAUGCCCAGGUACUGUCUGUUUGGAGACACCGUCAACACGGCGUCACGCAUGGAGUCCAACGGAGAGGCCCUGAAGAUUCACGUGUCGGAGGCGACUCGUCAGGUCUUGUUGGAGUUCAGUUGCUUCCAGCUGCAGCUCAGAGGAGAAAUCGAGGUGAAGGGAAAAGGACGCAUGAGGACGUACUGGCUGCUGGGGGAGACCAACUGAGGGAGGACAGGAUGGAGUGGCGGAGCUGAUGUCACAGAGAGAAAGAAAGUCACCGAUGGACACUGUCCACCGUCCUGCUUCAGGCCACAUCUGGACAGACACACUGACUGAAACAACCAUCUGGGAUUGGACUCCUCCUCCUCUUUGAUUGGACGUUCAGCUCAGCUUUUCACCCAGAAGCCUACAGACAGAUGAAUGUUUCACUGUAAAAAUAAAUCAUUAGAAUUUAGUCAUAUAAAUACAAAAAUGAACUGAGUGGGUUUGAUUAUCUUUGGGUCGUAAUCGUUCAAACUGUCAACUUUUCAUCUUCAGUCUCAGUCAUUUUUGGAAUAAUAUUCUAAUAAUUUCCAAGACCUAUACUGCAUUCAGACCCAUGAGAGAACACAUUUUUUAUUGAUUAUUUGAGACUUACUCUCUGUAUAUGUUGCUGACUAUAACUAUUAACUGUGUGCUACAUUUUCCCUAAAAUUUGGACCAAUCACUUGGAGGAGUGUUUUUGGAAAUUUGAGGAACUGUAAAAUAAAGUGGAAAUUAAAACUAUGA